AUGGUUUCGGUGCCAGUUACGGAGUACGCGAAGGUGUCGUCGGCCGACUAUUCUUUUAACUCGGAGUCCCUCAGGCAGAAUGGGGCCAAAGUGGCUGUUGUUGCAGAAUGGCAGCACGGUUUGCUGCUCCUGUCUCGCUUGGAUAAUCUUGCCGCACGAACGACUUCCAAGGCGUAUAGUGCUGUUAUUCAAGCGUGCGGUCGCAGCGCCAAGUGGGCCUUGUCGUUGGCUUUGCUGACGACCCUUGAUGCUCAGGCCGUGAAGAAGGACGUGAUGGUGUACACGGCUGCCAUGCGAACUUGUGGACUAGGAAGACAGUGGCAAUUAACACUGGAAUUGCUCAGUGAGGCGCUAGCCAGCUCAGUGCAGGUCGACCUGAUCGCCUACAAUGCUGCAGCCUCCGCGCUGGAAAGGAGCAGCCAGUGGCAAUGGGCAGUGGCGCUCCUGCGGAACCUCGAAGCAGUCAGGCAAGUCAGUGACAAAUUCACGUACAGCUCUGCCAUUAGUGCCUGCGGCAAGCAGGGCCUGUGGCAAGUAACCCUCGACCUGCUUGCAUGUAUGCGACGGACACAGAUCGAAGCCGAUGUGCGCACAUACACGGCCGCCAUCGCCGCCUGCGGUGCUGGCCGCAGGUGGAUGCAAGCUCUGGCUGUUCUGAUGGAGCUUGUGCCUUCAGGUCUGCAGCCAGACGUGAUUGCACACACAGCUGCCAUCCAGUCCUGUGCUCAAGGAGCUCAGUGGCAGCAGGCUUUGUGCCUUCUGGAUCACAUGCCCUCAUUUAGUUUGCAUGCAGACCUUUUUGUCUACAAUUGUGUCAUGAACGCGGGCGUGGAGAGUGCACAGUGGCAGAUAGCUAUUGGGUUACUCGAGUCGCUGUCGCGGAGUUCCUUGAAGGGUGAUGCCUAUACAUACAGCAUCUGCCUCCGUGCCAUUGGGUGCGGAGAGCAGUGGCUCCACUCCUUGGCCCUCGUGCAUGCUCUCGGUGAUCAGGGGCUCUUGAACACCACGAUUCUGAAUUCGGCCAUCGGCUCCUGCAGCAGCUGCUCGUGGCAAGCAGCUCUGGAGUUUUGGGCUCUACUUGCACGUGCGAAUUUGCAGCCAGAUGAGAUCACGCCUGCCGCCGUUAUUGGGGUAUGCGAGAAAGGAGGGAAGUGGAAGCAAGCUGCCGCCUUCCUCCAGCGAAUGGAUCGAAUGGCACUGGAGACCAGCCUUCGAGCCUGCACAGCGGCGAUAGGCUCCUGCAAGCUCCAGGCAGAUUCAUCCCAACGGCAUGGGAUGGCAGCCUCAAGUGCAUGGACUUGGGUACCUGCCUUACGGCUGUUAGGCUCCCUGGAGCAUCUUGGACUGCAGGGCGAUGAUUUGUCCACCAACUACGUCAUCGUGUCUUGCAUGGCUUCGGGACGAUGGCAGGAGGCUCUGGCAAUUCCCGUAAGAACCGAGGGUGUGGCCACCUCCGCAUGCAACGCUCAACUCGCCGCGUGCACGGAAUGGCAGAAGGUGCUCGCUCUGUAUGGUACUUCGCUGCGAGCGCAGCUGACUCCUGACCUCGUGACGUACAGCACAGCCAUCGGUGCUUGCGAGAAAGGGGGGCAGUGGCUGCAGGCUUUGGACUUGCUGGUGCAGAUGAAGGGCAUCCGGCAGGUAGAUGCGAUGGCGUACACAGCAACCAUAGGUGCCUGUGUCGGGGGCGCGCAGUGGCAGCAUGCGCUGGCACUGCUGGCAGAAGCAGGCGGUAUCCGAGUGGACUCAGACGACAUCAUGAUUGCUUCAGCAGCGACGGCUUGUACCAAGGCCACUCACUGGGAGCUGGCCCUGGACCUGGUCAAUCAAAGAAACGCAGGAAAGAUAACAAGAUCCACCGUUUUGAGUGCUUUCCUCAACAAUUGA